UUCACCUUCAAGCUUUCUCUUCCAACCUUUUCUCCUUUGUUCUCUUUCUCACUACUAAACUUUCAUCAAGAUCGAGUAUGGGGUGGUGGCUAAACGGAGUUGUUUGGAUGAUGAUGACGACGACCAUCAUUUAUUUUGUUAAAGCUGGAGAUACCCUUUUUUACAACUGGAGGGUCACUUACGGCGACAUUACUCCAACUAGUAUGCCUCGAAGGGGAAUCCUAAUAAACGGACAAUUUCCUGGACCGGAGAUUCGCUCACUCACCAAUGACAAUUUGGCCAUCACUGUUCACAACGAUCUAGACGAGCCCUUUCUCUUAUCUUGGAAUGGAGUGCACAUGAGGAAAAACUCUUACCAAGAUGGAGUGUUUGGGACGACUUGUCCUAUCCCACCGGGCAAGAACUACACUUAUAACUUUCAAGUCAAAGACCAGAUCGGUAGUUACUUCUACUUCCCUUCCCUGGCCGUCCAAAAAGCGGUCGGUGGUUAUGGCAGCCUCCGUAUCUACAGCCUCCCUGACAUCCCGGUCCCUUUCCCUGAACCCGCAGGAGAAUUCACCCUCCUCAUAGGCGAUUGGUAUCGAGGUGACCAUAAGGUUUUGAAGGCAAUUUUGGAUAAAGGACGCAAGUUACCGACGGUGCCUGAUGGAGUCUUGAUCAAUGGCCAGGGAUUAAGUUAUGUUUCUUCUCUCACCGUCGACAGAGGUAAAACGUACAGAUUCAGAAUCUCGAAUGUAGGGCUUCAAACCUCCCUGAAUUUCGAAAUAUUAGGUCAUCAGCUAAAGCUCAUUGAGGUCGAAGGAACCCACACAGUCCAAUCCAUGUACACCUCACUCGACAUACAUGUUGGUCAAACUUACUCUGUCUUGGUCACCAUGGACCAACCUCCUCACAACUAUUCCAUUGUCGCCUCAACAAGAUUUAUCCACGUACAACAUACGACCGGAUACAAUCUCCACUACUCCAACUCCAAAGGCCUUAAAGUUGUCCCUGCCCGACGACCUGAACCAGAUGAUGUAGAUUGGUCUAUCAAACAAGCUCAGUCCAUUAGGACCAACCUAACUGCGUCGGGGCCAAGGACCAACCCUCAAGGCGAUAACCAUUAUGGAAAAAUGAAGAUUUCAAGGAAUUUGAUAUUGGAAAGCUCAGCGGCCCUUGUGAACAGAAAGCAACGUUACGCAAUAAACGGUGUAUCGUUUGUGCCUUCGGAUACUCCGCUGAAGUUGGCGGAUUAUUUUAAGAUAAAAGAUGUUUUUAAAGUUGGAAGCAUCCCUGACAAACCGAGAAGAGGAGGACGGAUGAGGCUAGACACGGCAGUGAUGGGAGCACACCACAAUGCCUUUCUUGAGAUUGUCUUUCAAAACCGUGAAAAGAUCGUCCAAAGUUACCACCUCGAUGGAUACAACUUUUGGGUCAUCGGGAUCAAUAGAGGAACAUGGUCACAGGCGAGUAGACGAGAGUAUAACCUCAAAGAUGCUGUUUCUCGCUCCACUUCUCAAGUAUAUCCAGAAUCUUGGACUGCUGUAUAUGUGGCGUUGGACAAUGUGGGGAUGUGGAAUCUAAGGAGCCAGUUUUGGGCGAGACAAUACUUAGGUCAACAAUUUUACCUUCGAGUUUACUCUCCAGUACGCUCUCCCAAAGAUGAAUAUCCUUUGCCCAAAAAUGCUCUGUUGUGUGGUCGGGCCUCCAACAGAUCACAUAACUCCUAAUUAGAUCCUUAAUUGGCAUGUCUUGUUUCAUAUACAAAUCUUAAUUUUAUUUGAUAACAAAAAGUAUAUAUGAGACAACACAAAGAACUUCAGAGUGGCUUUACUAAAAAUAUGUUGUUUCUUUCUCAGUUAUCAGAUAUGUAUAUGGGUUUCGAACGCUGACGUUUUCAGGCUCUGUUUUUUUGGGUUCUGUUCUCUCUCUUCCCUUUAUAAAGUUUAGCCCUUUCGAUCUAACAAAGGAACUAAAACAAAAGAAGGAUCAAAAACAUUGAGAAAUGGCGAAUGGGUGCGAGAUUUGCUGUGAAAUAAUGAUCGCCAUACUCAUCCCUCCUCUCGGGGUAUGUCUGAGGCAUGGCUGUUGCACUGUACGUCAUCUCUCUUUCUCUCUUUUUGUG